GACAGGCACAGCCUGUGGUGUGCGUCAGCGGUCGGCAAUCUUCCCGUCGUGCGCCAGCUCAUACAAGAGGGCGCCGGCCUGGACGAUGGGGAUGUUUGGUACAAGACGCCGCUCAUUUACGCGGCUGAGACGGGCCAGAUUCAGGUCUUGUCGCUCCUCUUGGAGAAGAAGGCCCAGAUUGACGCGACAGACUGCUGGGGGCGUACGGCGCUGAUGUGGGCAGCCGGAUCUGGACAUUUUAAUGCCGUCGAGCUGCUGACGCACCACGGUGCAGAUUUCGACCCCUGGGUGCUGGAUGACUCUCGGGGAGGCGUUCCUUUUUGGACAACAAUCACAGACUCUCCGAUACGACGGUGGUGGAUGUCGCAGAUGACGGUCUCUUCACUGGCGGAAAGCACCCUUGGCAACUUCAAGACCUACCUGGCAGUCUUUACUGGUGCCCUUCUAUCUGUACUCCUGGUACUGGGCACCCGGUACCUCAAAGGCUUGCCCGUGAACGCCUCGAUUGCCAAGAUCGAGAACUACCUUCCAGUGGAGCUCAACCGGAAGCGGGGGUUCUCACGGGGGGCCCAGCUUCUGAUCGGCAAAGCGCGUCUGCCCUGGGUGCUGGGAGCAGCUUUGUACACCUUCCGCAGUGUCGAGGUGGUUACGAAUCUGGUUGCCAUCCUUGGUUCUGGAAUGAUGAUCGUCUGGUGGCCCUGCUGGCUGCCUUUUGUGCUUGGCGGCUUCCUGGCCCCAACUUUGCACAAGAACUACGCAGUGAAUCUGACAAAGCCAAUCUUGAUCACCGCCGUAAAAGGUCCGCUGUCGGCUCUCUUGGCGUUGCUCCGCACAUUUCUAUUUGGUUCCGUGGCCGCGGCGGUGUGGAGAGAUUAUCGCAGCCGACAUCCAGAUUUGGGUUCUUCUCUGCAGAUCGCAGCCCCUUCCACGUUCUGGACCGGUUGGAUCAACCCAGAGCAGGCGCAAGCCCAGGUGAAGAUGCACUCGGAUUGGACGGACGAGCCGACGCAACUGCAGGCGACCUUGAGUCGCAUCUUUGAGUUCUUCGUCUCGUCGGUGCUUUUUCUCGUGGCCCUCUACGCCACGUCUCUGGCAAGUUACCUGCUUUGGUUCGUAGUGCGUCGAUUCGUCCGCAAGCAGCCGGGGGCACAUCAGGCAGGCCAGCUGGUGGAGGCGGACAGCAGCUUCCAGGAGGACAUGCUUGGGCAGAUCUUGGCGGCCUUGCCCGAGGAGCGAAGUUGGCCCUCUGAGGCGAACCCCGAGGUGCUUUGGCAACCCGAGAGGUUCUUCGACAGCAUGGUCGUGAAGCUGUCUCUGCAUUUGCUGGCUGUGGUGAUGGAUAUCAACACAAUUUUCACCAUGGCGUCUUCGCAGAGAUACAUUUUGAGCCUUCUGCUCACGACGAUCGUCACGCAGGUCUUUGUCAAAGAGAUACUCUAUGGAAGCCCCAUGAAGCUCAGCCACGCCGUUCGCCAAAGUGCACAGCGUGGCAUACUCCGCGAGGACUUGUUGAAGCUCAUGGAGGACAAGGCCAGCAUCAGUGUGCUCAGCUUGGUUUUGACGACUUACAGCUUCUACUUCUGCGUCCAGGCGCCUUUUCAAGCAAUGGCUCUGCUGUUCAGCAUUGUUCUCAACAUGUAUGCGGUCACGGGCUUCAUCUUCGAGCAGAUCGACUUAGACCUGGCGCGAGCCGGUGAAGACAGCCUGCCCCGAACAGGGCGUGCGUUGAUUUCAUUGUAA